AUGAAUCUGUGGACGGUGGAUAGUCGCAUCGCAGUUGGUCCCGACGUACCGAAAGUGCGACACUCGAGGCAUUUGGACUCAAAGACGUCGUCACGGACGGACCUGGAAGUGCUGCAGCGGAACAGCGAUAAUCAUAAUCACAAGCCGGUCUUUGCCAAGUGCUCGGACUACGCGCCCAUUGUGAAAGAAGAGGAGUUGCCUGGCACGCCGGUUAUUCAAGUGCAAGCCGAGGACCGGGAUCCCCUCGAGGAGGGAGGAAUGAUCACAUAUAGCUUCGUGACAGCUAACGGAAAGAAACUCAAGUUCGACAUUGACAAUCAGACGGGACUAAUAAGGACGACUCACGCUCACGACCGCGACGAACCUGCUCGCGAGAAGGAGGUUUACUUGACGGUUCUUGCCACCGACAAUGGUCGACCACAAUUCGACGACGUCUGCACCUUCAAGGUCACCAUCGAGGACAUCAACGACAAUGCGCCCGUCUUCGACAAAGUCGACUUCUGGGGACCAGGGCCGAAGUUCUACAAGGAGUCGGUGCCGCAGGAUCUGUCGGUCGACAGGGAGGUGAUGAGGGUCUCUGCCACAGACAUAGACAACGGGCCGAACUCCAAGGUCCAAUACAGCAUUUUGCCCAAGCGCCCCGAGGACAGCGUCUACUUCAGGGUCGACGUCAACACCGGCGUUAUCUUUUUGAAUCAUAGCAUAGACAAAACUCCGGGCUACUGGUUCAGCAUGACGGCGACAGCGAGGGACCAGGGCGACGAGCCCAAUCAGAGCGUCAUAAACAUUGAGAUUCGCGUGGUGGAGUCGCACAAGAGGGCUCCCACCUUGACCUACAGCCCCGACGACGUGAUCAGGCUGCCCGAGAACUUCAGCAACUACGAGGCGGGCAUCGUGCGACUAGAGGCCGUCUCUAACGUCGACGACAGUCUCGAUUACUUCCUCUUCGAGCUCGUCACUGGCAGGACCGAGCAAACCAACAAGGACAACACCUUCAGGCUAGUGUCCAACAGGAACACCGCCGAGAUCAAGCUCGCCAAGUCGCUCGACUACGAGAGCAACAACGAGUACUCGCUGAUCGUACGCGUGCAGAAUAAGUACCAGCUGGCAGCUGAGACGAUGAUUUACGUCGAGGUGCUCGACGUCAACGACAAUAUCCCCGGCUUUCGCGAAAUGAAGAAGGGCAGCGUGCUGGAGAACGAGCCGCCCGGUACACCGGUUAUGCAGGUUCGAGCGAUCGACGCCGACGGCACUUCCGCUCACAACCAGGUAACUUAUGCGCUUGGCAACUACGACAAGUUGUUCGCGAUCGACCGUUACACGGGCAACAUCACCACUCUGGUGAAAUUCGAUCGCGAGUCCGACAACACGUAUACCAUCAAAGUGAUCGCGACGGACAAUUCGCCGAGUGCCCUUUACAAGACGGGCGAGCAUAAUAGAGGCGAGCAGAAUUUCCGCAUCGAGAUCGCCGAUAAGAACGACAAUCCGCCGCACUUCAGUCAGCGCGAGUACACGGCCAACGCCGUACCCGAGGACGCCAACGUCAACGCCCUCGUGACGGAAGUAAAGGCGCUGGAUGCCGACACGGCCAGUUCCAUCAUCUACAGCAUUCUCUUUGGCAACGACGACGAUAGUUUCAUGAUUGAGAAUACCACCGGCAGGAUUCGCGUCAAUCAGCGUCUCGACUACGAAAAGAUUACUCAGUACAAGUUGACCGUCAGAGCCUUCGACGGGGUUUUCGACGACACGACCACUGUGCGCAUUUUCAUUGAGAAUGUCAACGAUAAUCAGCCUGUUUUUGAAAUCUAUGACAGAAAUCCGAUCAUCGAAGAGGAGAAGUCCUACAAAGGUUGCCUUACUACAAUCACCGCUUACGACGCGGAUAUCAAGGAUAGACAAGCCGAUUAGCACAUUGUCUAUUCGAUAUUGAGGCCGGAACAUAAGUCGCUAAUUCACAUCGACAAAGAUGGCUGUAUGAUAUUAAAGAAACCUUUAGAUCAUGACUCACUACACGGUUAUCCAGUUUGGUCGAUAUCUGUAAUCGCGCAGGAUGAAGAUGGCGGACCCAACUCUCUUCGUAAUGCGGAUUCGAUAAAUAUUACUCUGACGGAUAUCAACGACAAUGCGCCUUUCCUUGACAUGCCAAAUGUAGUUUGGCGCGAAAAUCAACGCCCGGGUAACAUAACUCAGCUUCGUGCGCGAGAUUAUGAUUCCGAUGAAAACGGUCCACCUUUUACAUACAGAAUCGACGUCUCGGCCGAUUAUGAGAUUCUCAGAAGCUUUGAAAUUCUCGGCAAUGAUUUGUGGGCAAAAGUAGAAUUCGACCGAGAAGAACGUAAGAGCUACAAUAUACCGGUGGCUAUAAUUGAUCAUGGCACGCCGAGCCUUACUGGCAUUUCAUUACUAACAGUAAUUAUUGGCGAUGAGAAUGAUAAUCCAAUGCAGAAUGGCUCUAGCUCUAUUUUUGUUUACAAUUAUAAUGGGGAGUCGCCGGUGGUCGAUAUCGGUAGGGUCUACGUCAACGAUCCCGAUGACUGGGAUUUCGAAGACAAAACUUUUUCGUGGCGCGACAAUCGUCCUGAGGACGGCUUUUUGCUGGAAUCGGCCACGGGACUAAUUACUUUACUUCCUGAUAUUAAACGCGGAACCUUUUUACUCAAAUUCACCGUUACCGAAGAAAGUUUUAAGAUAAGAAGACACCAAGUUGAAGCAACGGUUAAGGUAAUCGUUAAAGAAAUCCCUAAGGAAGCAGUGGUCAAGUCGGGUUCUAUUCGUUUUCUUGAAAUCACUGCCGAAGAUCUGGUUGCACCGUCCAGCCUAGGAAUUAGUAAAAAGGACCUACUUCAGAAGCAGCUUUCGACCAUAUUCAAUACGUCUGUAGAAAAUGUCGACGUUUUCACGAUCCUACACUCGCCUUACCAAAACGAUUCCGUCCUCGAUGUGCGCUUUGCCGUUCACGGCAGUACUUACUACGCUGCCGAGAAGCUCAAUACAAUUGUUUCCGAUCAUACCCAAGAGAUUGCCGAUCGCGUGGGUGCUCAAGUUUUGCUGAUCAAUAUUGACGAGUGUCUAUUCGAGAAGGUCCACUGCAAUAGCUCGUGCAGAAGUUACUUGAACAUAAGUUCGACGCCGUACGUUGUUCACACGAAUACAAGCUCGUUCGUGGGCGUGGAAGCCGUAGUGGAUCCGCAAUGCAUCUGCCACGUGGACGAGCCAAUCGACAGACUGAACGGCAGCACGUCCCUCGACACGAGAUGCGAGUACCCACCGGGAUUUGAGGGGCCGAGAUGCGAAUUAUCGAUCGAGUUUCAGGGGGACGGUUGGGCCAUCAUGCCUCCACCGGGACAAGCCUGCAACGAGUCCUACUUGAGCCUUGAAAUAACAUCGUAUGCCAAAGAUGGCUUAAUCUUCUAUUUCGGCCCGAUGAUCUAUUCUCAAAAGUUAGGUGUUCAAGAUUUUAUGUCGUUAGAAUUACAAAAUGGAAAUCCUGUGCUGUACAUGAAUUAUGGCCAAGGUACCGUGAUGCUUGAUAGAUCCAAGUCUAGCGGCGAGAAUAACGAAGUUAGCGGUAACCAAGUAUUCAUCGCUGAUGGGAAACCUCAUAAAAUAGACAUUUGGUGGUCUAAAACUAAUAUUGAAAUGAAAAUUGACGGCUACGUGCAAUCGAGCUGUACGAGAUCGGAGGCACCCCUCGGCACGCUGGAAAUUCUCAAUGUGAAUAGUCCAGUACAAGUAGGAGGCGCUCAGAAAAAUUUGUUUGAUUUAGGACAAAAAUUCAGAUGGCAACAUGUACCAACUAUGAAAGGAUUUGUUGGAUGUAUUCGAAACAUGACAAUCAACGGAAAUACCUAUAAUCUUGGUAUGACAGCGCUGUCGCACAACGCGAAUCCAGGAUGUAGUAUCGGCAUGGCGAAAGAUGUUCUGUUUGGAAUAAACUUGAAUUUAUGGGUGGCUAUUUUCGUUUGCCUCGCUAUAUUGCUGAUUUUAUUGUUGGCGGUUGUCGUUCAUAGACGUAAGACGGGCGAUUUGUACAAAGAUAUAGACGACAUUAGGGAGAACAUUAUCAAUUACGAAGAUGAAGGUGGUGGCGAGGUCGAUACUAGCUAUGAUCUCAACGUACUUCGAACAAUGUAUGAUCGACCGAACGAUAUAAAGGUCGAUCGGGCCUUUCUCCGAGAAAGAGAAACGGACCAAGUGCCAGGCACAUGUGGAUUUCUCGAUAACAAAAACGAGUAUUACAAUAAAAAUUCGAGUAGAUAUCCUUUCGACGACGUCAGAUAUUAUGCUUACGAGGGCGAAGGCCAUUCUGAGGGUUCGCUUUCCUCUCUAGCUUCUUGUACAGACGAUGGUGAUCUCAAAUUUAAUUACUUGUUUAAUUUUGGUUCGAGAUUCCGUAAGCUCGCUGAUAUGUAUGCUGACGUAGCUACAGAUAAAGAAAACGAAAGUACUGUCGACCGUGAAAUAGAAAGUUGGCGUUGAAUUAUUAUACAACAACUAGUGAAACUGUAGUACUUUAUUUUUUAAUUUUGUUUUUUGUAGUUGUUAAUAUGCGGGUUCGUUAAAUUUGUCUUUUACUUUACAUUGAAUAUUAAACGAAGAUUUUCGUCUUAAUAAUGUUCAAUCAUAUUAUUUACUUAAAAAGAAAAAUAUUGUGACGGAAUUGCACUUAUAGUUUGUUGUUGCUAGACAAUACGAUAAAUUAGAUACAUUUAAUGAAUAAUAUGGAAAUUGUGAUGAACAGUAUAUUGAUAACAGGGUGAAUUUAUGUAACUACUAGCGCAAUUAACUAAUAACUAGUCAUCCCGUUCGUAUUAUAAAAGCAGUAUUAUAUUCAGCACGUAGUAAUUAUGUACGUUAUGCGCAUUCUCAAUGAGGAGAAGCUCGAAGCUGCGAAUCGCGAUAAACUUCAUCAAGUUCACGGAUGUAUUUACUUUUUGACAGUGUCAUGACGAUUGGCAACGUGCGUAAAAUCUUGAUCGACAUCUCUCUGUUUGAGAGAAAUAUACGAGAAUGAAAGUUUGGAGGACGUAGCCUGGUGCUAAUUAUCCUAAAUCUUAAGCCAACUAUAUUGUAAAUAUUCUAACCGGUAUAAAUAAGAAACUGUUGAUUAAGAAAAUGAUAACCAUACUUUUUUCGAAUAAACAUCAAUCAUAACAAAAUUAAAAAGAAAUAGAGAUAUCAGUAAGAAAUGUUACAGUGUGAAAUGGCCAAAAUAAAACAUUUCUUGCGCAAACUGAAUUUGAUGAAAUUUGUCUUCUUUACCUGUAAAAAAUGUUUUGAAAUUAAAUGUUACGUAUUCAAUGAUUUCGCUAGAAUGAUUUAGAUUGUCACCGGGAAUAAUAAAUAAUAAUAGCUUUUGUAUGGUGUUUAUAAGAAUUUGUAAUUAUAUUUAAAUUAUGUUUUGCACAAAGAUUUAUAAUUUUUUUGUAUGAAUUAAAAGCGUGAAGAUUUAUACAUAAUUAUGUAGAGUCGAUAGCUUGACUAGAUUAGUUUUUUGUAUUCAAAGAUCAACAUACACAUAUUUUUCAGUUGGCAAAGAAUACAUGUUAUUUAAUUUUAAAGUUAUUGAAAUAAUAUAGACGAAAAGAUUUUCCUUAUUACUCGUUUCUAAGAAAACGAUUCGCCGAAGGCAGUGUUUUUAUAAUGAAACUUUUAUAAAAUGUUAUUUAUCGUGCAUAUCUCAUAAAUAUGUUUUUUAAACGUUUCAAUUUUAUUGAAUAUUUUAUGCAUCAUAUUUAUAAAUCAAUAUGUGCAAAAAAAGUAGUGAAUUUUAUUCAAAAAAAUAUAUAUUUAAAUAAACAAAAAUCGACUGCUACAGCAUGGUUUCAUUCUUAAUUUUGUUAUUAUCAAGAAUGACGAUAAAAAAUGCAUUAUGAUUGAAAAGUAUAGCAUUAUUCUCAAAAUAAAUUCGAGCUAAUAUUUCUGUUUUGAAGGUCCUUAAAUGUAAUGUAAUUAAUUUAUUAACGAAGAUACUUUCCAAUUGAUACUAGUAAUCAUAAUGCGUUUGAUAAGUAUUUUUUACUUAAUCUGAUUAAAGUUAUAAGUAUCGUUUAUUAAGUAUUUUGCGUUUAUACAUUUUAAUUUGAAGAUCUUUGUAUUAUAAAUUCUUGAUCUCCAGAAUAGAAUUCCAAAAUUACUAACCACUUACUGUACACAUAUUAUAUAUAACGAAUCUUUAUAGAUAUAUGUGAAAAACAUUAUAUUCAAUGUAAAGUUAAAAUGUAAUAACAGGUAGUUUUAUAAACGAGGAUUGUAAGAGUAAAACGUACCAAAGUUGAUCCUGUAACAUUUUUAUCGAGCAUGAGAGAUUGCAAUACGACAAAAAUAAUAUUCAAUUUAAGAUUAAAAGUUAAAACAAUGAAAUUUUAUUCUACAAUGGUAUCCUAAAAAUAAUUUUAUCACUGUAGCGUGAUGAAUUUCGAAAACUACCGUUUUAUUUUCUUUUCUACAAGAGCGGGAAUCAUUGCACAAAAUUAUUUUUGAUCAGCGAAUCAAUUAAAGAUCAUUGUUCAAGCCUAAGCCAUAAGAUUUCAUCGAUUUACGAUUGUAAUCAUUGCUUGAUCAUUUUAGUUUGAAAACUCGUUGAAAAAUAAAGUAAAUGAAUAAGUAGGAAGCGUAAACUAUGAAACACAAGAAAUGAAACACAAUUUUUGUAAGCCGAGGAGACGUGUAAUGGAGUUAAAUAAAAUGAUUCAGAUAUAGUAAAACUAAGGGAAUAAAUGUGAAAGUGGAUGACAAUUUGUUUGUUUCAAUGUACA